CUCCGAAAUAUCACAAGAUGUAACAACAGCAUGGAUGAAUGUUGUCGAUAGACGACAGAGUAGCAGCAAUGGCGAAGUGAAUUGCGUGUUGUUGGUGCAACGCGGCGAGCUUCCCCUUUGGGCAGAUGCGUCGCGAUAGGGCGUACGGCAGGGCGUACGGCAAGGCGACCAUGUAUCAGUGCCAUGGAUUAUAUGGUAGCAACGGACACAUACACAAUCGCGUAGACCGGUAACGUUCUAAUAUCUUCGUCCGUUGAUAACCCCUCCAUGGCUCUUCCACCGCCCAUCCUCUACAGUCCCAGCAUUCACUCCAACCUACUCGAGCAGCUUGCGCGGAUCCAUGCCGAUUGCAUCCUCCAAGAUGGCACUCUCAUGACGUUCCAGCCCGGUGACGACCUGAAGAGUAUUGACAUGUCCAAGGUCUUGCGUAGUUGGCAAACAUGGGCUUCUGAGAUUGACGAUGCGGACCGUUCGCGUGAGAUCAUCUUACAGUGCACAGAUGCAUCCAACACUGAGGUGAUGGGCGUGGUGAGUCUUAAGAUGCCUGCCUCUGAGACCGGACCGUUUCGUGCGGAGGUGCAGCGGUUGGCGGUUAGUCCAAAGCAUAGGAAAGUUGGUGUUGCGAAGCGAUUAAUGUCGAAAUUGGAGGAAGUGGCGAGGGAGAGGCAUCGCGAACUUAUCAUGUUGGACACGACGAUCGGCUCUGGAGCCGAACACGUAUAUCCACGGUUGGGUUACAAAGAGAUCGGGGUGGUGCCGAAAUACGGCAUUCACCCGUUGACGAAAAAGCUCGUUGAUGAAGUCUUCUUUUACAAGGAUUUGAGGGACCAUUAG